GCGGGGACUGACCCCCCCACACGGGCAGGGAUCGGCUCGGCUCGGCUCGAUCCAAGCUCCGUUAUGGAGGCACUGCGAGCGGCGGGGCGCGCCGUGCUGCGGAGCCCGCGCCUCGCCCGGCACGGUCUGGGUCUCCGCCGGCGGCGCAAGCUUCCUGAGAGCUGGGCCGAUAUGCAGGAGCCACUGCUUGAGGGAAUGUGCUUCACUCUCAAGUAUCUGGGCAUGACGCUGGUAGAAAAACCAAAAGGAGAAGACAUGGCUGCUGCUGCCAUCCGCAGGAUUGUGGCCACGGCACGAGUCGGAGCUCGCAAGUUUCAGAAGGUGAUUCUUACAGUGUCCCCAAGGGGCAUCUCACUGCAGGAUGCAGACACUAAGGAGAUGGUGGAGAACAUCUCUAUCUACAGGAUCUCCUACUGCACAACAGACAAGCUGCAGAACAAAGUCUUUGCUUAUGUUGCCCAGAGCCAGGAGAGCGGGGCACUGGAGUGCCAUGCCUUCCUCUCACCCAAGAAGAAGAUUGCCCAGGCUGUGACUCUGACUGUGGCCCAGGCCUUUCAGAUGGCACUGGAUCUCUGGGAAGCAACACAUGCAGGCUCUAGGCAGGAUCAGCCCCUUCACCCUUCAUGUGUCUUGGAGAGCAGUGAGGCCGGCAGAGCCCAUGAACCAGCCCCCCCAGGGAGUGCUGCCUUCACACACCAUGUUGGGAAUUAACACCUCUUGUGCCCCCAUCGAGCUCUCCUACAGCACAG